AUGACCCAUGACCACCCUCAUAUCGAUACAAAUAUCACACAUCACCAGCAUAUCAGUUAUGCGCCUUCCCUGGAUACUUCGUCUGCACCGUUCAUGGCCAAGAGGAGGGAUCCCACAAGUGCAUCAACAUAUUCUCCCCCCGCCUUGACACGGCGGCCCACCACCCUACAACGGAACUUCUCUAAACCGACCAAGCUCCUUCUUCAAACCACCGAGAACUACUCUCUCCUCCAUGGCAUCCUGGCCGACCCUGAUUCACGCCGCAUCUUUUACUUCAUGAUUCUGAAUCUGUUGUUUAUGGUGGUUCAGUCAACAUAUGGCGUCCUAACUGGCUCUUUGGGCCUGAUAAGUGACAGUAUCCACAUGUUCUUCGACUGUGUCGCCCUCUUGGUUGGUGUCUGUGCAGCGGUCAUGAGCAAAUGGCCUCCAAGCUCCAGGUUUCCUUAUGGCUAUGGGAAGAUCGAUACCUUGGCAGGACUAGGCAAUGGCAUUUUCCUGAUGUUGAUCAGUAUUGAGAUCAUUUAUGAAGCGAUCGAAAGACUCUUCUCAGGUGCCGAUGUCAGUCGUACUGCCGAGCUACUGGUCGUAAGUACAGCUGGGUUAGUGGUCAACAUGAUAGGGAUUUUUGCAUUUCACGGUGCCCACGAUCAUUCUCAUGGGGGACAUGGUCAUGAUCACGAUCACGGCCAUGGCCAUUCUCACAACUCCCACGACCACGAUUCCCACAAUCACGCACACGACCAUGACCAUCAUCAUGACCAUGACCAUGGACACGAUCACAAACACGACCAUGACCAUACUCAUACCCAUCAAGAGCUCGAAACUCCUCUGACUGCAUCUGCAUCUCCUAUGAAAGGAAAACAAGCAGCAACCGGCCAUCACCAUGGAACUGAAAACAUGCAGGGCAUCUAUCUACAUAUUAUGGCUGAUGCUCUUGGCUCCCUGUCGGUUGUGCUGUCCACUUUACUUGUUCGUUGGACAGGUUGGAGUGGCUUUGACCCGCUGGCAUCUUGCAUAAUAGCAGUACUGAUCUUUGCAUCGACCAUCCCCUUGAUCACUUCAACAACAAAGAUUCUUCUAUUGUCACUCAAUUCCGACAUUGAAUAUAAUCUGAGAAAUAUCCUCAGCGGUAUUGCUCAGGUCAGAGGCGUGGUCGGAUACACAGUUCCCAAAUUUUGGCUUGAAGACAUCAAAAAGGAACCUGGUCACCAUGGCCAUUCCCACGGAGGACAUGAUCAUGGUCAUUCUCAUAAGAACAGUGAUGGUGGAUGUGAUGGCAGUAACGAUCCCACAGUCCUUGGAGUCAUUCAUAUAAUUGCAGCUCGGACUGCAGAUCUCGAGGACGUUCGAGAGCGUGUCUCCUUAUAUCUUCUUCAACGAAAGAUGGAUAUUGUGGUCCAAGUGGAACGCGAGGGAGAGAAUAAAUGUUGGUGUGGUGGGGGGCCCAAGACUGGGAUAUGA